AUGUUCAUAAACGGCCUCAGAGUGCUCGCUUUUGCUACGAGCCUUCUCUCGGUCGCGGCUGUGUCUGUGACCCCGCGCAAUGACACGCUCAUCUUGUUCGACCCCAAGCUUCUUGCGGACGACGCCUUUACGGCGUCCCAGUUCAGCGAAUUGUACGCAAAGCUCACAAACGAGCUUCACUACAAUGUGCACACCAAGAGCUAUGCGGACUUAUCGGCCAAAAGCGACGACGCAAAGUUCGAGCUUGACUUUGCCAACCACCGGUACGCGAACCUCGUAUUGCUCCCUACCUCGCUCAAGAAGUUACCGAAGCUCAGCGCGGGCAAAUUGCUAGACUUUGUGAACGACGCUAGCCCUGAAUUGGCGCAACAGGCGAAUGUUUUUGUUGUGUCGAGCCCAAAGCACGUUAACGACGACUUCCGCGCGUUCUUGAACGAGUUGGGGAUCUAUCCCGCGCCGAAGAACCACCGUGUGGUCGACCACUUCAACUACGUGGACGUGGAAGCCUCUAAGCAUGACUUGUUGCGUCUUCCGUUGGUUUCCGGCGAGAACUUGGUCGCUAAUCAGCACAUCGUGAGAGACCUUGAUUCCAUCCUCUACGAGGGCUCCGCCGCGUUGAUUUCCAACUCGCCGUUACUCAUCCCCGUUGUCAAGGCCUCCAGAACCGCGUACACUGCUAACUCGAAGGACGCGGCCGAUGUGUGGGCGCUGGGCUCGCAGGCCAACCUCGUGGUGGCCUUCCAGGGCGCCGAGAACAACAACAGAGUCGUCUGGCUCGGCUCCGACGCGCUUGUCGGCAACGAAUUCCUCGUCGCUGAGACCAGUAACAGCCAGUUGGUGACCGACUUGCUCCGCUGGUGCUUCCAGGAGACCGGGGUGAUCAAGCUUGCCGACGCAUCGCUCACCCAGACCCAUCCCGCCAGAGACCUCAAGAUCAGCGAUGAAGUCACCUAUGCUAUCACACUAGCCCUUUGGAAUCCUGCCACCGCCGCAUGGGAGCCGUUCCACACCACGGACUUGCAGUUGGAGGUUAUUAUGUUGGAUCCGUACUACCGUGUGUUCCUCCAGGAGGCUGAAGAAACCGCCUCUGGUGUCGUCUACUCGCGCACGUUCAAGUUGCCAGAUCACCACGGCAUCUUCAAGUUCCUGGUUGACUAUAAGCAGGCCGGGUUGGCGUUUGUGCGCGACGAGAUCGUCCGCCCUAUCAGACACCUCGCCAACGACGAGUUCCCGCGCUCAUGGGAGUUGACCAACGCAUGGGUUUACAUCUCUGGCGCCGUCACCGUUGUGGUUGCGUGGUUUGUGUUCGUUGUGUUGAUGCUCUACUCGGAUGACGGUGAGAAGAAGGUGCUCGUGGAGGAAUCCAAGAAGGAUAUCUAA